GAAGAAGAGUUCUAUAUAAACUAGACUCCCUAUGAUGAUUAUACUUAUCAAAUAUUCAUAUCUUGUGCUCUAUCUUUACCUAGAGACUUUCCCCAUUCAAAGGUGCAGGAAUUUUUUGAAGAUGAACAAGGGUCAUUCUUCUAAGCAAGUCGAAAACAUAGUCCUAGUAGGCCGUACAGGGAAUGGAAAAAGCGCGACAGGGAACAGCCUCAUUGGCAAAAGGGUGUUCGUGUCCAAAGCACAUGCGUCUGGUGUUACCAUGAAAUGUCAGGCACAUGGAGCUGUGACAAAAGAUGGUCACACAAUCAAUGUGAUUGACACUCCAGGUCUGUUUGAUUUGUCGGUGUCUUCUGAGUUUAUAAGUAAAGAAAUCGUUAGAUGCCUCACUCUAGCGGAAGGAGGGAUACAUGCUGCAGUUUUAGUUCUAUCUGCGAGGAAUCAAAUUACUCAAGAGGAAGAGAAUACCCUUAGCACCUUGCAGGCUCUUUUUGGGAGUGAAAUCCUUCCUUAUGUUAUUGUAGUUUUUACCGGGGGUGAUGUGCUAGAAGAGAACAAUGAGACACUGGAAGAGUUUUUGCGUAGAGAUUGCCCUCCCUUCAUAAGGGAAGUUAUGAAAAGGUCUGGUAACCGAAUGGUUCUGUUCGAUAACAAGAGUCAUGAUGAUGACAAGAAGGCAGAACAAGUCCAUAAACUUCUCUCCCUAGUAGAUAAAAUCAGAAGAACCAACCAUGGGCAGGCAUAUACGGAUGACGCGUACCAUGAGAUAAUGGCAGAGACUGAAAAACUACGUAAGAAGCAUGAGGAGCUGGAAUCAAAGAACCAUUCAAAAGAUGUUGAAUCGCUGAUGAAAGAUCAGUUACAAGCAUUGUAUCAAGAGAAUCUUGACAGAAUGUCAAACGCGGUAAAAGAAAAAUUAAUAAUCUAGAUGACUAGUUGUUAACUGAUAUUUGUAGUAUACUUAACUUAAUAACCUCUUGAUCUAUUAAUAAGAUGAACACGAAGCUGAAAGCCGCUUUAGAGCAGGGGAACCAGAACUCAAGUGCGAUAAGUGCUACAGUGGGCCUCCUACCUGAUGGUAUGCCAACGAUAUCAUUUUCGGUGCCCAUGAAGCCAUUACACGGGGGUCGAUGCAGUAUCCUAUGAAAAAAUAUAAUGUCUUCUAUUUAACUUAAGUUGGUGCCGAAUAAGAUCACUAUCAAAGUGAUUUUGGAUUGUUUAUUCCAUUGUUUUUCUUUCUUUAAAUUCUGCUUUCUGUUUUAACUCUGUUUUUCCCAUUUUGUACCUCAGCUUACAUGCUCUGUCAAAAGACAUGUGUGGUUUC